CUUGGGUUUUGGUACCAGCUUUGAAUUGAGUGAGUUGCUACCUCAGAAGCAAUGCCGCGGCCACGAGCGCCCCAAGAGGGACCCGAAAUAAUCAAACACGUUCUUCCAACUGUUUUCGACCUUGAGAAAAUUACCAUCGUAGACGAUUCGCCAGCGCCACCAUAUGCGGAAAAGCUGCCAUCCGGAUUCAGUUAUCUAGAAUGGAACACGCCUCCAGAAGCCCUCUUUGCGGACCCAGAGCAACUACCCAGCACAGUAACGUGCUAUACAGAUCCAUUUACCUGGCCGAGAGCGCAGAAGAACGCGAUACUGAUUUUAACGUCUCUUUCUACUGCUAUGGGUGCAUAUUCGGCUGGUGCUUAUACAAGUGGGAUUGACGAGAUGAUGGAGGAAUGGCAUGUUAGCAGAAUAGUCAUGUUGCUUGGAAUCACGACAUUUACAAUUGGCUUUGCGGUGCCGCCUUUGGUGCUGGGACCUCUGUCUGAGGUAUUUACUUUUGGGCUGUUCAAUGUCUGCCAUAUGCUCUCGGCUCUCUCUCACUCGGCCACUGGGAUGAUUGUCACUCGCUUCUUUUUGGGUGUUGGCGGAAGCACCUUCGGUGCUAUGAUCGGUGGCAUCAUAUCAGAUAUCUUUCACGCACCAGACCGCGGUUUGCCAAUGGCACUAUUCUCAAUGGCUGGGAUGGCUUUCACCGGUCUUGGACCGCUCGUGACGUUUCCUAUUCUCAAAGAAACUAGAGGAAGUGUGCUACUGAGCCGUAAGGCUAAGGCCUUAAACAAGUUUCUAGAUGAAAGAGAAGAUCGAGGGGUAAGAUGGAAAGUGAAGGCCGAUGAGGAAAGGGAGAGCAUUUCCCUGAUGGUCAGGGUGGCGUUGACUAGGCCGUUCAGGUUCCUUGUCACCGAGUCUGUUGUGUUCUGGUUCAGCUGCUGGUUAACCUUUGCGUGGGGGAUUCUGUAUAUGUUCUUAGAAGCCAUUCCCCUAGUGUUCGUCGAAAAUCACGGGUUUACUGUUGCCCAAGUUGGCUAUGUAUUCGCAGCAAUGCCUAUUGGUAGCGUAGCAGCUCUUUGCUGCAACUCCCUGGUAGAAAUGAGCACCGAGAAAUACUUGUCAAGCUCAACUCCAAACCCCGAAGCCCGCCUCUACUCUGCCUGCACAAUCGGCUGCCUCCUACCAAUUGGCUUGUUCUGGUUUGGUUGGACUUCCUUCCCAUCUCAGCACUGGAUACUCCCGACUGUGGCCGUGGGCUGCGUAACAAUGGGGAUCUACUCCAUUUACCUCGCUGCGUUCAACUAUCUCGCCGACACGUACCACCGGUACGCAAGCUCUGCACUCGCCGCCCAAAGCUUCUGCCGGAACUUUUUCGCUGGUGGGUUUCCGCUCAUAGCGGACAUGAUGUACCACCGUCUGGGUUUUGCUGGGGCUUCGAGUCUUCUCGGGUGCGUAGGGGCGCUAUUGACCAUUGUGCCCUGGGUUUUGAUGUUUUAUGGAACAAAUAUUAGAGCUAGGAGCAAGUUUGCUAAGGUAUUCCAAACCGUGCUCUAA